UUUUUUUUUUUUUCUGUUGCAGGAUUCUUUUGUAGAACUCUCUCUUGGAAUGAUAUUUUCAUCAUGAGCCAACAAGGUUAUGUGGCGACACCACCCUAUUCUCAGUCCCAGUCUGGGAUGGGCCUUUCUCCACCGCAUUACGGACACUAUGGGGACCCGUCUCAUGCAGCUCCUCCCCCAGGCAUGAUGAAGCCGGCAGGGCCUCUGGGGGCCGCUGCACCAGGGGCGAUGUCACCACAGGGCCCUCCACCUCCUGGACCCCAUCAGUUCAGCCAGAACGGAGCGCACGCCCAGGGUCACCCUUCCCAAAGAUUUCCAGGACCUCCACCUGUCAACAGUGCAGCACCCUCAUAUGCACCGUAUUCACCUGCCACACAGUCAUCUUACGCAAGCCCCAUGCCCGCCCCAUCCGUCUCCCAGCUGGGCAGUCAGCUCGGUGCCGUGCACAUCAACAGCUAUGGUAACCAGUCAGGUCCAGCCCCCUCCAGCCAGGGCCCCCCGGGCCCUCCGUCAGCGCCAUCAUUCCAGGGCCCUCCACAGCCACCGCCACCAUCCAUCCUGCAGCCUGGGCCUCAAGUCCUUCCGCCACCACCCACUGCGCUCAAUGGCCCAGGGGCGCCACCCCUGCCUCCGCCCACGCACAGGCAGGACGGGCUCGCUGGGCCCGCUCCCGCGAGGGCCCCGCUGCAGCCCCCACCUCUCCUGGGACAGGCUGUGGCCGCCGGCUACCCUCCGCAGCCAGCAGCCAACUACAGCCCACAGAUGCCAGGGGCGCAGCUCUCGUUCCCAGGAGGCUUCCCUGCAGGGCCCGCACAGAUGGCAGGGCCACCUCCGCCCCAGAAGAAGCUGGACCCUGACUCUAUCCCCAGUCCAAUCCAGGUGAUCGAGAAUGACAGAGCUGCCAGAGGGGGACAAGUGUACGCCACCAAUACCAGAGGCCAGGUCCCUCCCCUGGUCACCACAGACUGUGUGGUCCAAGACCAAGGCAACGCUAGUCCUCGGUACAUUCGCUGCACGACGUACUGCUUCCCGUGCACGUCCGACAUGGCCAAGCAAGCGCAGAUCCCGCUAGCCGCGGUCAUCACGCCCUUCGCCACCAUUCCUUCAAAUGAGACUCCCCUUUACUUGGUGAACCAUGGAGAGACCGGGCCGGUCAGGUGCAACAGGUGCAAAGCCUACAUGUGCCCGUUCAUGCAGUUCAUAGAGGGAGGACGGAGGUUCCAGUGUGGCUUCUGCAACUGCGUGAGCGACGUCCCGCCGUUCUAUUUCCAACAUCUGGACCACAUGGGAAGAAGACUGGACCACUACGAGAAGCCGGAGUUAUCUCUAGGAUCUUACGAAUACGUUGCUACUUUGGAUUACUGCAGAAAGAGUAAGCCUCCCAGCCCGCCCGCCUUCAUCUUCAUGAUCGACGUCUCCUACAGCAACAUCAAGAACGGGCUCGUGAAGCUCAUAUGCGAGGAGCUGAAGACCGUGCUGGACAAGCUGCCCAAGGAAGAGCAGGAAGAGACUUCUGCCAUCCGCGUCGGCUUCGUCACAUACAACAAGGCCCUCCAUUUCUUCAAUGUCAAGAGUAAUUUGGCCCAGCCUCAGAUGAUGGUGGUGACCGACGUGAGCGAGGUCUUCGUCCCUUUGCUGGAUGGUUUCCUUGUCAACUAUCAAGAAUCCCAAUCUGUGAUUCACAAUUUGCUGGACCAGAUUCCCGAGAUGUUCGCGGACUCCGCUGAGAACGAGACUGUCUUUGCCCCUGUCGUCCGGGCCGGCAUGGAGGCCCUGAAGGCGGCGGACUGCCCCGGGAAGCUGUUCGUCUUCCACGCCUCGCUGCCCACCGCCGAGGCCCCGGGGAAGCUGAAGCCCAGGGACGACAGGAAGCUGGUGAACACGGACAAAGAGAAGAUGCUGUUCCAGCCCCAGACCAGCGUCUACGACUCGCUGGCCAAGGACUGCGUGGCCGGCUGCUCCUUUUUUUUUCCCAGUCAGCACGUGGACGUGGCCUCCCUGGGCCUCGUGCCCCAUCUCACUGGAGGGACCCUUUACAAGUACAGCAACUUCCAGAUGCACUUGGAUAGCCAGCAAUUCUUGAAUGACCUCAGAAAUGAUAUUGGGAAGAAAAUAGGAUUUGACGCCAUAAUGCGGGUCCGCACCAGCACAGGAUUUAGAGCCACUGAUUUCUUUGGCGGAAUUUUUAUGAACAACACCACCGAUGUGGAGAUGGCGGCCAUCGAUUGUGACAAGGCAGUGACUGUGGAGUUUAAGCACGAUGACAAACUUAGUGAAGACAGUGGGGCCUUAAUCCAGUGCGCUGUGCUUUACACGACCGUCGGCGGUCAGAGGAGACUGCGGAUUCACAACCUUGGCCUGAACUGCAGCGCCCAGCUGGCCGACCUCUAUAAGAGCUGUGAGACGGACGCCCUCAUCAACUUCUUCGCCAAGUCAGCUUUCAAAGCAGUCCUGCACCAGCCCUUGAAGGUCAUCCGGGAAAUUCUCGUUAACCAGACCGCCCACAUGUUGGCCUGCUACCGGAAGAACUGUGCCAGCCCAUCCGCAGCCAGCCAGCUCAUUCUGCCGGAUGCCAUGAAGGUGCUGCCCGUGUACAUGAACUGCUUGCUGAAGACCUGCGUGCUGCUCGGCCGGCCGGACGUCGCGGUGGACGAGCGCGCCUUCCAGCGCCAGCUGGUCCUGACCAUGGGUGUGGCCGACUCGCAGCUCUUCUUCUACCCGCAGCUCCUGCCCAUCCACACGUUAGACGUCACGAGCACGGCAGUGCCCGCUGCCAUUCGCUGCUCCGAGUCGCGCCUUUCGGAGGACGGAGUGUUCCUGCUGGUGAACGGCCUGAACGUGUUCCUGUGGCUGGGCGCCAGCAGCCCGCCCGAGCUCAUCCAGGGGAUAUUCAGCGUGCCGUCGCUGGCACACGUCAGCACAGACAUGACGUUACUGCCUGAGGUAGGAAACCCGUAUUCUCAAACACUCAGGACAAUAAUGAGUACCAUCCAACAAAAGAGGCCAUAUUCAAUGAAGCUCGUGAUCGUAAAGCAGCGAGAACAGGCAGAAAUGCUCUUCCGGCAGCUCCUGGUGGAGGACAAGGGACCCCACGGAGGGCCGUCUUACGUGGAUUUCCUCUGCUGUGUGCACAAGGAGAUCUGUCAGCUGCUGAAUUAGCGGAGCCUUCUGUGUUGGCGUUGCGUUUCUAGGGAAAUCAUCUCCUUCUUGGCGGCUGAUUCUCCAGAUGACAGCGGGCUCGCUUUGAUUCCUUGCUCCUUUUCAGAGUGGCUUUCCACAGCAUUCAGACCUUCAGCUUUGGUGCUCAGGUGCGAAGCCAGCGAAGGGACAGCUGUACCUCAAAGGGAACAGUCUGUUUCUAUUGUACAAUUUUUAACUGUUAAGACUGAUGAUAUACUUUUGCAUUUCAUGAAAGGCACAGUUUUACAAAACUGUAAACAUUCUCAAUUUUCCUUCUUUGUGCCAGACAUUUAAAUUAUUUUUCAAAAUGUAUAGAUUUGGGGAAAAGGUUGUCUUGGCUCAUCUCCUAUUUGCAGUGAGAGGAAAAAAACUUAAUUUUUACAUUAUAUCUAAUUUUUUUAAACCACGUAACCCCACUGAACAUUUUCCACUUGAGGUUUGCAUAGCGGACUUUUAAUAACCUUGGAAUCUAUUGGUAGGACCAUGUGCGUUCUACAUUUUUUUCAUAAUUCUAUGUUGUGUAUGUUAAACUAUUUUCCGAUUGUCUAUAAAAUUGUCUAUCAAUACUCUCAAAUGGUUCUCUGUACAAUAAUGAAGGUUUCUACCUGUAUAUAAUGGAUCUUAACCAGUAUCAAUAAAUCCCUUCGUAUGCUCUA